CGUUUUUAUCCCACUAGGUUGUUUCCAUAACUUCCUAUAACCGGUGGAGCUUUCCUUCCUCUUGCUCUUCCUCUUCAGGACUCACCCGUCAAUUACUUCACCUUGCUCGUCAUUUAACGUGAGAGGGAUCUGCUCAGCUUCAUCGAAUCUCACCUCUUCCAUAUUUCGACAACCUAAACCCGACGAACAUACGAAACGAGAUCCCACGAGACUUUAUACACAAUAAUUCAACAUGUCUUAUGUUAUCCCUGGACCCCCGACUGCCUUCAAUGGCACCAACGAAGAGCUUGGUGGUGAUUCCACUACCGAGAACCUCAACCAAUGGUACCAAUCCGGCGACCAGGCCUUCAUCAUCCUCUCCGCCUGUCUCGUCCUUCUCAUGGUCCCUGGCAUCGCCUUCCUGUACUCUGGUCUUGCCCGAAGAAAGUCGGCCCUCUCCAUGCUCUGGGUUGUUAUGAUGUCCUUCUCCGUCAUUGUCUUCCAGUGGUACUUCUGGGGCUUCUCUCUCGCCUUCUCUACAACUGCCAACAACCCCUUCAUCGGUGAUCUCAAGCAUUUCGGUCUUAUGAAGGUCUGGGGUGCUCCCUCAGUCGGAUCUCCUCUUGUCCCUGCUCUGCUUUACUCUUUCUAUCAGAUGAUGUUCUGCGCCGUCACUGGCGCUCUUACAGUCGGUGCUGUCGCCGAGCGAGGCCGCGUUGUGCCGAGCAUGGUCUUCAUCUUCUUCUGGGCUACUCUUGUCUAUUGCCCUCUCGCGUACUGGGUCUGGAACCCCAAUGGUUGGGGCUUCGUUAACGGCGUUCUCGACUACGCUGGUGGUGUUCCCGUCGAGAUCGGCUCUGGCAUGUCCGCGUUCGCUUACUCUUGGGUUCUGGGCCGCCGCAAUGAGAAGAUGAUGAUGAACUUCCGUCCUCACAACAUCUCUCUCAUCACUCUCGGUACCAUGUUCCUCUGGUUUGGUUGGCUCGGCUUCAAUGGUGGCUCUUCUUUCGGUGCUAACCUCCGUGCUGUUAUGGCUUGCUGGAACUCCUGCCUCACUGCCAUGUUUGCUGCUAUGACUUGGUGCAUUCUCGAUUUCCGCCUGGCUCGCAAGUGGUCCAUGGUCGGCUGGUGCUCUGGCACUAUCUCUGGUCUUGUUGCUGCUACUCCUGCUUCCGGUUUCCUCGACCCUUGGGCUAGCAUCAUCCUGGGUGUUGUCGCUGGUGUCGCUUGUAACUUUGCCACCAAGAUCAAGUUCCUUGUUCGAAUUGACGACUCUCUCGAUGUCUUUGCCGAGCACGGUGUCGGUGGUAUCGUUGGCCUCAUCUUCAAUGCUUUUUUCGCCCGUGGCUCCAUCAUUGGCCUCGACGGCGUCAACACCGGUGCUACAGGUGGCUUCAUGGAUGGAAACUACGUCAUUAUUGGCUGGCAAAUCGCUGCCAUUGUCGCUGCCUCCGCUUAUGCCUUCGUCAUGUCUGCCAUCAUUGCUAAGAUCAUCGACUUCAUUCCUGGACUGAAGCUCCGUGCCUCUGAAGAGGCUGAGCUCCUUGGUAUGGAUGACGAUCAGCACGGCGAGUUCUCUUACGACUACGUCGAGGUCCGCCGAGACUUCCUUGCUUGGAGCCCUCACCGUGGUGAGCCCGCUGAGGAUGGUGAUGUACUUGAGCCUACCCAUGGCAUCCAGGAGCACCAGUCUAUGAUGAACCCAAGCGAAUCCGAUGACGUCCGCAAGACUCCUUCUCUUAACACACCCGAUGUUGUUGCACCCGACGCGGUGAUUACCGAGAAGCAUGCUUAAACUUGCUUACGGCAAUGUUAUCUUUGCGAGUCGUAUUAGCCUUGUUUGAUAUAGAGGGGUUAUUUUAUUGCCAGAAUUUCUUUUUAUUAACUUGUGGGAUGCUGGGAGUAGCAGGCAAAGGCGUUACGGAUUUACCAUCUUUUCGACGUAUCUGCCUUGGAUUGUUUUAAUACCCGCUUGGUAGAUGUGGAUGGCUUUGGAAAAGCGAUGCAGGUCAUUGGACACGUAUAUAAUUUUGUGCCAUGUGGUCUUUAGACAGUUACAAAAUCAGAUCACUAUAUAUUAUAUUUAUACAUGUCUCGAUCAAGCAC